UUGAAACAUCAUGGCGGCGUACACGGCUCACGCAGCCGUCAGAUACUCAAUAUUUGUUUCUAUAAGACACACUGUUCUGACCUCGAAGAUAUUUCGACUGUCAGCCGUUUGCCCUGGAAACGGUUACUCUCGUUGGAGGACAUGCAGUUCAUCCGCAUCCUCCUGCUCCUCUGAGUCUCCAGCAGUAGGUACUUGUGCCUUCAGUGGACACUAUAAUCGCCUAGUUCAAUGUGGCUCCCUGAGGAAAGAUGCUCAGCAAAGACAUGUCCUCCAGCAGCUGUCUCAGCUGCAGCACACCCUGGAGAACUACAAUAACAGCAUCCACAUUAAUUCACCUCCGCCUCCACCAAGGCUAAACAGUCAACAAUCAAAAGAUGAUAAAGACCCCCACAGUACAACAGCUGAAAACAAAGGCGCUGGAUCUGCUACUAAGGAGGAACCUACUCCACCACCACCACCACCACCACCCAAAGGUUUCUACAUCUAUGGAGAUGUUGGCACAGGGAAGACCAUGCUCAUGGACUUGUUUUAUUCCCAUGUGGAAAACACUCGUAAAAAGAGAGUCCACUUCAAUGGCUUCAUGUUGGACAUCCAUAAAAGGAUCCAUCGGAGGAAACAAAGCCUGCCAAAACGGAGUCUAGGGAAAAUGUUCAACUAUGACCCCAUAUCACCGGUUGCCAUGGAGAUCAGCCAUGAAACCUGCCUGUUGUGUUUUGAUGAGUUUCAGGUGACCGACAUUGCUGAUGCCAUGAUCCUGAAGCAGCUGUUUGAGACGCUGUUCAAGACCGGAGUGGUGGUAGUGGCCACCUCCAACAGACCCCCUGAUGAUCUGUACAAAAACGGACUUCAGAGGGACACCUUCGUACCUUUCAUCGACGUGCUGAAGGAGUACUGCCACACCAUCCACCUAGAUUCUGGGAUCGACUACAGGAGGCUGAACGACGCUGCAGCAGAGAAACUCUAUUACCUCACAGGAGAGCCUGGUGCGGAGACCUUCUUGGAUGCGCUGUUUGAGGAGCUGGCUUUAAGUCAAAAGAGUGUUACAGGCCCUCGGUUGCUCACUGUUCUGGGGAGAGAUGUGACUCUGGAAAAGACCUGUGGCUCCAUCGCUGACUGUACUUUUGAUGAGCUGUGUGGCAGACCUCUGGGUGCCAGUGACUACCUGGAGAUGGCACGGCUCUUUGACACCGUAUUCAUUCGCCAUGUUCCCACGCUGACACUGACACUGAAGGACCAGGCCAGACGCUUCACCACCCUCAUAGACAACUUCUACGACAACAAGGUGAGAGUGGUGCUGCUGGCAGCUUCUCCCUUAGAACGGCUGUUUGUCCACACUGGAGGGGACGACGAGAGGGACAGACAACUGCUGGAUGACCUGGGCCUCAGCGGGGAGGCAGCCGAGCGCCUGACUCUGUUUACAGCCGAGGAGGAGAUCUUUGCCUUCCAGAGGACCGUCUCCAGACUGAUGGAGAUGCAAACCGAGUCAUACUGGAUGAAAGGAGACCGCAGUCACAGCAAGAAACAAAUGAACGCCUAACAUCCACUGCUGACCGCCUGAUAAUCAUGUUUACUUCCACACAACACAGUACCUCACUCACUACUAACACUACUCAAAAGAAGUUCAUAACUAGCAGAAAAAGAAAAGACUUGAUAUCUGCAGUAAAUCUAUAAUAAAACUCAAUACCUGCGUUGGAUCUGAUCUCAUGCAUGUGUGUUAUACCGUAUUACUGUUCGGUCCUCUUCUACGAGGUGUGCUUUCUCCCCCUUGUGGACUAUUUACUUUAAAGAAUAUGGAAACCUCCCCAACAUGUGUGAACCACAACGCAAACAGGAGCUCACUUCAGAGAGACAAAGUGUCACUAAGAGUAGCUGGCUACCGCCCUCUAGUGAGCAAAUGUGAGAAGCGUGAAAUAUUCUCAAGCUGUUCCUGUUUUUAAGAAUAUUGGUCCACGUGCCGU